GUAACCUAAUGCUUCUAGUUUCUUCUUCCUCCUCCUUUAAUAAUUAUAUAUAUUUAUUUCCAUUUCAAUAGUCUUUCUCUUUCUUCCAUAAUUCUUCUAUUUCUUCUCCUCUGCAUCUCCUCGCGAACCUUCUAGAACUAUCACGAUAAAAAAUAAAAACUCUUUGUCUCCUCGUGCUAGAUUUUUCUUCAUGGCUCCAUCGGUGGAACACAAUACCGACUCCUCAACCGGCGACUCUCAAAGAUUAACUCCGACACCGUUUAUCGCUAAGACAUACCAGAUCGUUGAUGAUCCCACCAUGGACGACGUCGUUUCAUGGAACGAAACUGGAACAUCGUUCGUCGUUUGGAACCCUACCGUUUUCGCGAGGGAUUUGCUUCCUAAGUAUUUCAAGCACAAUAAUUUCUCCAGCUUCGUUCGCCAACUCAAUACUUAUGGAUUUAAAAAAGUUGUGCCUGAUCGGUGGGAAUUCUCUAACGAAUACUUUCGAAGAGGCGAGAAACGUCUUCUAUCAGAUAUUCAGCGACGGAAAAUCGUUUCGAAGUCGCCGCCGGCAGUUAUCAAUGGCGGUGCAACUCCGACAGCAGCGGUGUCGUCGGUUUCAAUUCCGACCUCAAAGCCGACCGUAUCGCCGUCAAUUUCGGGAGAGGAGCAGGUGAUUUCUUCGGAUUCGUCGCCGUCGUUUGAGCAGGCGGCGCUAAUAGAAGAAAACGAGAGGCUUAAAAAGGAGAACAUGCAUUUAAGGACGGAAAUAGAGGACAUGAAAUCCCUCUUCAAUAAUAUUUACAAUCUUAUGUCUAAUUAUGCCAAAUUUCAAGCUGAAAGCGGUGCACAAGGAAAAGAGUGUUGCUCGACGGUAACGAAGACAUUUAAUUUAAUGCCGGAGAAGCGGUACGAUGGAGAAGAUGCGGCGGGGAUGGUGUUGGAUGAUAAUUACCCGAAGCUGUUUGGUGUGGCGAUAGGUACCAAGCGGGCGAGAGAAGAAGGAAAGUGUGUUGGGGAUAUCAGAGUCGUUUGAUUUACAGAACGGCGUAAAGAGAAAAAGAAUGUGGCUAAAUCAGUGGUUCAGAGCGAAUCAGAGUGUGUGCAAUUGACUUCGUGUUGUAUAGGAUAGGGAGCAUGUUAGGCUACGUUAGAAGUGGCGUAGACAAUCUGAAUCCUUAAACGCGGAGACGCAAGUUUCUGAUGUUUCGUAUGCGUUGUAACCGUUUGGGACAGUUACAGUUUUCACAAUAAAAAAAAAAACUUUCUCGUCCUUUUCA